UCUUGCUUGAAUCACAGUGCUUUUGACUGAAACAAAAAGAUACUCUUUUCCUCUUUCUUUGAGACUCAAGAAAACAAAAUUGGAAUUUUGAAACACACCAAAAAAAAAGGUUGGGGUACAAAACAGUUUCCAAUCAAAAUUAUGACAAAACAAUAUCAAAAUCAGGAGAGAGAGAGAGUGUGUGUGUGAGAGGAUCAAAUCUACCAAAUGGCACUUAGAAGAAAAGAAAACUUUUUCUUGUUUCCCUGUGGUCCUGUGAUUUUGACCAUCUAAAUGAAUAAUUAGGCAAAGCAAUUAAAGAUUAUUUAAUUUCUAUCAUUUUGCGACUCUUAGAAUAUUUUUUUAUUAAUUAUAUUGUUAUAUAUCUUUGACAUCAUGUCAGGAUGAUUCCUCCUGUGUACUAUAACUCAGUCUCUGUUCAUCUGGGUGGACUUUUCUGUGACCCUCUGCACCCAUUUGCGUUGGAUCUCACUCUGAAUAAGUCUCGUUCUUCUGCUUCUCUGUUUUGGAAUUGCAAGAGGAGAAGGAAGAGGGAAAACUCUAUCAUCAUGGCUUCAAAUUUGAGGACCAACAAUUUCCUGCGCCACGUGGAAUCAAUGAAGCUUCAUCCAUCAGGUGCUGGCCACAUUUCACACUUGAACGCUGUGAUACUUGGUGAAUCUCUCGCCACUGAAGAGGAUGAUUUCGUUCUUCCAAGUGAGGACUUUUCUAGCCAAGCCAAUGUUCAAUCCCCAGAACAGUAUCUAGAGAUGUAUAAGAGAUCGAUUGAGGACCCUGCUGGAUUCUGGUCUGAGAUUGCCUCAGAGUUCUACUGGAAACAGAAAUGGGGAGAAAAAGUGUGUGAUGAAAAUUUUGAUGUUAGGAAAGGGAAUAUCAAGAUUGAGUGGUUCAAGGGUGGCAUCACCAACAUCUGUUAUAAUUGCUUGGAUAGAAAUGUUGAAGCUGGACUUGGUGACAAGGUAGCCAUUUACUGGGAAGGCAAUGAGCCUGGUUUGGAUGGUACUUUGACAUACAGUCAGCUUCUCCAUCAAGUUUGCCAGCUUGCAAACUACUUGAAAGAUAUUGGUGUGAAGAAGGGAGAUGCUGUAAUUAUUUAUUUGCCCAUGCUUAUGGAGCUUCCCAUUGCAAUGCUUGCCUGUGCUCGCAUUGGUGCAGUUCACUCGGUUGUAUUUGCCGGUUUUUCCGCAGAAGCUCUUGCCCAGAGAAUCACUGAUUGUAAACCAAAAGCUGUAAUUACUUGCAAUGCUGUUAAAAGGGGCCCUAAGCCUAUAUAUCUGAAAGAUAUUGUUGAUGCUGCAAUCAACGAUUCAGCCCAAAAUGGGGUCUCUAUAGAUGUAUGCCUAGUUUAUGACAACCCAUUGGCAAUGAAGAGGGAAGAUACAAAAUGGAAGGAAGGGCGUGAUAUAUGGUGGCAGGAUGUUGUUCCUCAAUAUCCAACUUCUUGUCCAGUGGAGUGGGUUGAUGCAGAGGAUCCACUUUUUCUACUCUAUACAAGUGGGAGUACAGGAAAACCUAAGGGUGUCCUCCAUACAACUGGUGGUUACAUGGUGUACACUGCAACAACGUUUAAGUAUGCAUUUGACUACAAGCCGUCUGACAUCUACUGGUGUACAGCUGAUUGUGGUUGGAUUACUGGACACAGCUAUGUCACUUAUGGACCCAUGCUCAAUGGUGCGUCUGUUGUUGUGUAUGAAGGGGCUCCUAAUUAUCCUGAUGCUGGGCGAUGCUGGGACAUUGUUGACAAAUUUAAAGUGUCAAUAUUCUACACUGCCCCCACAUUGGUGCGGUCCCUCAUGCGUGAUGGUGAUGCGUUUGUUACUCGCUACUCAAGGAAAUCUUUAAGAGUCCUAGGAAGUGUAGGCGAGCCCAUAAAUCCAAGUGCAUGGAGGUGGUUUUACAAUGUCGUUGGAGAUUCAAGGUGCCCUAUCUCUGACACUUGGUGGCAAACAGAAACUGGUGGCUUCAUGAUAACUCCAUUACCAGGAGCUUGGCCACAAAAACCUGGUUCUGCAACUUUCCCCUUCUUUGGAGUUCAGCCUGUCAUUGUGGAUGAGAAAGGUGUUGAAAUAGAAGGUGAGUGCAGUGGAUAUUUGUGUGUUAAGAAAUCAUGGCCUGGGGCAUUCAGAACACUGUAUGGUGAUCAUGAAAGAUAUGAAACAACAUAUUUCAAGCCAUUUGCGGGAUACUAUUUCAGUGGCGAUGGUUGCAGCAGGGAUAAAGAUGGAUACCAUUGGCUCACUGGAAGAGUUGAUGAUGUCAUCAAUGUCAGUGGGCAUCGAAUUGGCACAGCAGAAGUGGAAUCAGCUCUAGUUUCACAUCCUCAAUGUGCAGAGGCUGCUGUGGUUGGUGUGGAGCAUGAGGUCAAAGGACAAGGUAUCUAUGCAUUUGUUACAGUUGUGGAUGGUGUUCCUUACAGUGAACAACUGCGGAAGGACCUCGUACUCAUGGUUCGAAAGCAGAUAGGAGCUUUUGCAGCACCUGACAAAAUUCAUUGGGCACCUGGCCUCCCAAAAACAAGGAGUGGAAAAAUAAUGCGAAGAAUUCUGAGGAAAAUUGCUUCCAGGCAGCUGGAUGAACUUGGGGAUACAAGUACCCUUGCAGAUCCAAAUGUGGUCAAUCAACUUAUAGAACUUGCAGAUUCUUGAAGCACAAAACUUUGUUAUCAUAGUAACAAGGAGAAUUGCUAGCAAUGCACUCUAAUGUAAUGGGUAUAUUAGCCAAUGAGAAGUGAGGACAAAUUUUGGGGAUGUUGGUGUAUGUGAUAAAUAAUAAACAAUUCUAUCUUUCAUUCUUCUUUUGCCAUAAACUGCAUAUUUGCAGCCUCACUUUUGAACAUAUUUUGCUUGAGUUGUGCCUAGUCUACUUCCCUAUAGGCUAUAACAAAUUAUAGAGAAAGCCAACCACAUAACUUUCAUUGA